UUCAUCUGUUUGAUAAACUUAUUGUUGUAACAUUUUAAUCACCACCAAUUAAGUUUCUCUUUAAUUGUAAUUGAUUUAACUUGUUUUCGCUUCUUUGGUGGAUUUCAUCCAGUUAAACAAAAGUCUGUGGAACAUGGAUAAAGAAACUGCGGUCAGAUUAGUGAAUUGGAUUCAAGCUCCGAGUAACAAAUUCCAUGCUGAUUACAAAAGUCACCCUGGUAAAGGAUAUUUUCUGUUUCCAAUCUACAUUGGUGGUUAUUCAUCAUUAACUCAAUACAUAAAAUUUUCUAAAAUUGAAUUCACUUCAAGUGAAUCUGAUGCUGAUAUUUUUACCCGAUUUAUAAUUUUCCGGACAAUCUUGUCAUCAAUUGAUGACUGUCAAUUGUUUGCUUCUCUUGAAUCGAUCAUCACUAACACCGAUUAUGGUUUGAUUUUGAGUCGAGUGAAAACUUCAUUGGCAUCAAUAAAGUUACUAUUGAAAACGCAACCAAAGGAUAAGCCAAAAACCACCUUACAAAUUUGCCUUAACCCGAAUCAAAGCAUCUUAGAGAUUUUGGAAACUCUUUUGAUCCCGAAUUUAACACUUGUCAAUCAUUUUGAGUUCCUUGUGCCAUACAAAAAUGCUGAUGUUUAUGCAGGAUUGAAGUUAAUUGUUGAUGCAAUCAAGAAGUCUAAUUUAGUGAGUGUAACAGUCGCACUUCAAGAUGAACCAUCACCAGCCCCUGACUUUGCACCUCCGUCUACAACCAAAACAAUUACAUAUCCACCCACCUUGGCAAUUAUCUUUGACGAUGCUGAUAUUUUUUCAUCCGUUGACCGAUUGCUGGACAUGUUGAGUAGCCUUCCAGUUGUCCAUCGUAAGGUUGACAUUUGGAUUCAACAAAGCGUCAGAAAAAAAAUUGCUGAAAAGUUUGAAGCAAAAUUAACCAAAUCAGAGAGAUUACAAGUUGCAUUACAAAUUGAUGCAAUUAAUCCGAUUUUAACACCUUCUGAUAAUCCUGAUGAGGAAAGCAUUAAAUUGUUGACCUUUCGAAAGAUUGAUGAACUGAUUUCCAUAAUUAAACGAUACCAAAUGAUCCGCAGUACGAGUCUGUGGACAUCCAAUAUUUCAAGUGCAUUUGAAAUAACCAAAGAAAUAACUAAUUGUCACCUUUUCACCGUCAAUACAAUUAAUGAUUGUCCUUCACCGAGAACUCACACUUUCCUUAAUCACACAAACAUUGAAUAUAAACUUUUGGGAGAACCAUCAUUUCAAAGUCGUGUUCCAAUGGCUUCGUUUUCACCUCAUAUUGAUGAUGUUAAUUUGUGGAAAAUGCCAUUGAAAGGCAAUAAGAAUUUCGUUUCAUUGGGAAUCGAAGAUCGAUUCAACGUAAUCGCUUCCAUUUUAUGGAGAAAUGAAAGAAUCACGCCACAGGCCAUCGACUUGGUUCGAAAAGCUCAACUUAAUCAUUCCAGUUUUGAGACAAUCAACAAAUGCUUAAUGUUACGUCAACUCGAACCGAUUGGUAUCAUUUCUGUUCAUUUUGAUAAGAUUGAAGCGAUUCCCGAUCAAUCGUUAAUUUUUGGUCUAAUUGGGUCCAUUUUACUGUAUGGAAAUAGUUGCCUAAUUGUUAUUGUUGAAUUACCUGAGACAAUUAAGCAAUUUUUCGAUGAAUUUAAUGCAAUUUAUCCUUCAAGCAUCUUCGUCGCUUCACCGUCAACACCAAGACCGACAAUUCCUUAUGGAUGGAUUGAUAAAGACUCAGAAAUUAUUGGACUCAGUUUUGGUUUACAUCAUUUAACUAAUUUAACUAAUUUCGAUGACUGUACCUCUCUAUUUGGUCGAGUCAGAUCUCUUUUUGUUCCCGUUGCUGAUCAAUUAAGUUUGUCAACUUCAACUCCAAGUGGAUAUUGAAAAGAUCAAUUUAAUUGCUUAUCCAUUUGGAUAAAAAAAUUAAUCAUAUUCAAGAUGCUGGACAUUUAAUGAUUUAUUAUUAUUUUAAUUGUAGAAAGAAAAGAAAUAAAUUUUUUAGAACAAA